UGAAGGUAUAAGAGUAAAGAGUUGCACUGGCGUGUGUGAUAGUAACAAGGGGCACGAGACAGCCCCGCGACGCAGCGAGAUUGACGCCGCUCUGAUUGCGUGACGUCAGCCCCGCCGCUCAUUCGGUGACUUGGCAGGGCGACCCCUCCACGCCUUGCCCCGGCGACUUGCGCCGGAGAAGAUCGGAGAGGCGCGCGGGCACGCCGAGUACAAGGUGGGGGGGAGGGAGGGAGGCAGGGGGGGGCACAGAAGCGGCCAGCAGAUGCGUCGAGUCGGAGGAGCCAGCAGGCAUGUGCGUUGUUCCAGCUGAGCGGCAACGACAAUGUACGUGAGUUACCUCCUGGAGAAAGACGUCGCCAUGUAUUCCAACCACAUGCGGCACGCGGGACUCAACCACCAGAACUUCUCCGCCUCGGCCACGGCGCAGUACACCGACUACGGCAGCUACCACCACCCCCACCAUCACCAUGCCGUGCCGGACGCGAGCGGAGUGCACGGGACGCACUCUCAUCACCCGCACCACCACCCGCACCACCACCACCCGCACCACUCUCACCACUCCUCUCACCACCCUCCGCCGCCCAAGCCGAGCUGGCACUCGCCGUACGCGUCCGGCCGGGAGGACGUGUGGACGGGCUACUCGCUGGCGGGACAGGGAGUCGCGCCGCCACCAUCCCCGGCACCACCGCCUCCUCCUCCGUCAACCGCCGCUCCGCAGCCUUCGUCGCAGCCUCCCUCGGCAGCCGGGGGGGUGUCCAUGGUCAUAAUCCAACAGCAGCAGCAGCAGCAAAGUACUCCGUCUCCUCCCAGCCACAUGGGCGCCCCGUACUCUCCACCGCUAACGGACUACAGCGGGGCGCCGCAGCAGCAGCAGCAACAGCAGCAGCAGCAGCACGCGCACUCGCUGGGGGUGCACGUUGGGUACCUGCCGGUAAUGUCCGGGGGGAUGGGCGGCGCGCAGGGCGAAGAGAGCUCGCCGGACAGCGUGCGCAAAAGCCCCUACGACUGGAUGCGAAGGAACGUGCAACCCGCGCCCAGCAUCUCAGGGAAGACCCGCACCAAGGACAAGUACCGCGCCGUCUACUCGGACCACCAGCGCUUCGAGCUGGAGAAGGAGUUCCACUUCAACCGCUACAUUAACAUCCGCCGCAAGGCCGAGAUCGCCGCCUCGCUGGGGCUCACCGAGCGCCAGGUCAAAAUCUGGUUCCAGAACCGACGCGUCAAGCAAAAGAAGAGUGAGACGCCGUGUUCGUCUUCCACGCUGUGCUCCUCCUCCUCUUCCUCCUCGUCGUCGUCACCAUCGUCGUCGUCGCCGUCGCUGUCGCCCCACGUGGAGCUGCCCACGAGCUGCCACUGUGAAUGCAAGAACCACGCGGAGGCAGAGGCGGCGGCGCGGCCGUGAAGCCGGCGGGCGACGCAAGGGGCGACGGAUUCGCGGAGCGCGAUCUAAGUCCAUCGGCAGCUUCGCGGUCGGUGAGGUGAAGCGUUGGGGAUACUCUCGCCGCUGGCUGGAGGUGCUCCAGUUGGAGGCCACUCUGCCCACCGUGGCACGAGUGGGCGAUCGCAGGGCCACAUCUUCACCUUUAUCUGCACCUUUAGGACAUGAGGAGCACCCCAAUGUGAGCUCCAUUCACUUUCUGCGUUGUGUUCUUCAAAUGUAUAUUUAUGUUAUUUCAAUUAUAAUUUAUACAAUACUCACAGCAACCGUUGGUGGUACAAACGAUAGUUUUGGGUCAGCGUUAGUUGGUGUUUCGAAGGUUGUGAUGAAUUACUACUUACAAACAUUCCACCGCUGCGUAAUAGCUGGGCAAGUAAUGAUGCAUUGAUCCAUGACACGAUACAUACGUCGAAUCGUGCGUGUGGGAAUCAAUUAUGAAUUCAUAUAUAUCGUAAUUAAAUUAUUUACCCAGCUAAGCAUCUCUGAGUCUUAAGACUCUUCUCCAGAAAGGUCAUCGACUGGGACAUUGGGCCAACGUCAUUGUGGCACUGUUUGGCUUCGUGUUGAAGGAAAUCGCAAUGCGAGGCACACGAAGUGGGUGACACUCAACACCGCCAUCUGCUGGUCAGACCUCGCAGAUCCUGCAACACCUGGCAAGCCCCAGCAAUCACCCAUUCAAGUACUAACCGCACCCAAAUCCUGCUCAGCUUUCGUGAUAUCAUGAAAUCCGGCCAAAUUAUCGUGGAAUCUAUUCACGUGACCUCACGUCCACUGACGGUGCUACAAUCACGGCAUCGUUAAUAUAAAUCGAUUGAAUCCAAUCGGAAUUGUGGAAAUUCAGGGUAAGGUGGAACGCUACAAUGCCGAGUCGCAGCUGAGAGCGGCCAAAUCCAACCAGCCAUGCAGUCGUAGGUUCACCUCCCCCCACCGUGUUGUUGCCCUUCCAAUGGGUGAGAGAGAAGGGGGCGCUUCGAUAGAAACUGUGAGCGAGCUAUUGCAGACAAAGGCUCUUGAGGUUGGUCCAAGGAAGUUUUUCUUUUUUUUUGCAAUGAAAGGCCAAACACGUGGUACGAACCUAAUGGGUUGUGUUCAAGCCUCGUGUUUUAGCCCGGGCCAGGGUCCAGCAUUUCACAGCCAACCAAACAAUUACCCUCCGUUUGACAUUGUUCAAUUUACAUGUGGUUGUAAAAAAAAAACUGGUAUAUUCAUAUGAAAUGUUUUUUUUUGGGUUAGA